GCAUAACUUAGCCCAGAGGUUAAUUAAAAUGGCGUCGCCAAGGAUCGUCUUAAUCUCAGGCUGUUCAACUGGUAUCGGCCUUCACACCGCACUUCAUUUAGCUAAUGAUGCCGAAAAACGUUUUAAGGUGUACGCAACCAUGAGAAAUCUGGAGAAAAAGACCUCUCUGGAAGAGGAAGGAAAGGAACGACUCGGUGAAACACUGGUCAUUAUGUACAUGGAUGUAAGCUGUGAUGAAUCUGUGAAAAGUGUGGUCGAAGAAAUCAUUGCGAAGGAGGGGAAGAUCGAUGUUCUUGGUAAGUUCAGAAAAAACAGAACGAACGGCAGUUCAGGAACAACGAAUCGAGGUGCUUUAGGAUAUUAUGAUCAUAUUGCAUGAUGAAUAAGUAAAUGAUAGCGAUUGCGGAGUGAAUUGCGAGCAGACCAAACGAAAAAAUAACAGUAUCUCAAAUUCUAAGUUAACGUCGAUGAUCUAUAAUCACGCCAUUUUACAACCAGAUACAUGUUCGUGGCCUUCACCUAAGCUGCUUUAUUCGUAAACAGAAGUUACCCAAUUUAUGCGAAUUGCGAGAGCUCUUUGUUUUGUUUUGCGUCUAGAAUUUUACGUCUAGAAUUUUCCAUUUAUUUCAUACUAGGAUUCUUAGUCUUAGACUGCCAUUCGCUAAGGACCGAUAUCACUUGCCGCAUAGUCUUGAAUUCGACUGGCUGUAGACCAUCCAAGUUCUCUUAUUUCACCCCUAACAAGGCAAACACAACUCUGACUACCUAUCAAUAAGUUAAUUGAACCAGAAAAUUUCAAGCGAUAGAAUAUAACAUUAUUGUUUAAAGAAAUUGUUUCCUUAUUCCUUAAUGUGCUUACACUUUGCGAACAUAUCUUUGCAUUCAUUUAGUUUAGGUCUCGUAACUGUUUUCUAACAACUGCGCUGAAAUCUUCCACACGGAAUUGAGUCUUGAAGUUAUAAAUUUGGGAAAGAAAGUAAUUUGAAACUAGGUGCUAAAUGAUAUUCCAAAACGUCUUCACAUAUUAUAUAUGGAAAUUAAGCUGCGUUGAAUAGAAAAUAUAUUGCCAGGAUACAGCUGAAGCACAAUUAAAUCCUUAGUGUGAACAACAAAAGAAAGGUAAAGAAAGCUGAAAAUGUCAAGACGACCGCAUAUUGAAAACUUUUAUUUUCGGAAGACUGCGCACCACUGUCCAUGCAUAGCAUUAAGAAAUAUAACCCAUAUAUAAUCAUAUAAAUUGUAAACUUGCGAUAUUGACCAACAAGGCCACCGAUAUAAGUAAAAAUUGAAAUCACUGUAUGAAAUAACGUCUCGGGUUUUUUUCUGUCGUAACUGUUCUCAAGAAGUGUUUUGUAGUUCCACUCUGUAGCAUGCUGGUUAGGGCACUGGAACCGGACCGAGAAGUGCGAGUUAGCCUUCUUCGCAGCUGUUCUUUCAAGUGUCAUGCAAUGCUCUCUUGGUGUUGCGUGACAUCUCAAGAACUGCUAGAGACUAGGCACUAAUGGUUACCAAAUUUCAAAGCCGGUUGGAGGAUUACCAAGGCCUAUUGAACGGGUCUUUUUUAUGCAACCGAUUGUAACAAUUUUUUGUCUUCUAGUGAACAACGCCGGUGUUGGUUGUGUGGCGCCUCUGGAAUGCAUGACAAUGGAACACAUUAAACAAAUGUUUGACGUUAAUUUCUUUGGAUCCGUUCGUUUGAUCCAGGCUGUUCUCCCAGGCAUGAAAGCGAGGCAGGAUGGUUACAUUGUUAAUGUCAGCAGUAUUUUUGGAAUAACGGGUGGACCAUUUAACGACAUGUAUUCUGCAGCAAAGUUUGCAAUGGGAGGAUUGACAGAGUCGCUGGCACCUGUAUUGAAACAGUUCAAUAUUAGGUAAGUGGUGCUAUUUCAUGAAUCCUCGUUACGUAAACAGUAUUUCAACUUUUUCAUGUGAGGUGAAUGUUGAGUUACAAUGCUCUAUUGAUUGAGGUUUUUCAGUUUCAUUAUACUGUAACAUUAAAAUCAAUUUGUAAUUUGCCAGGAUCUCUUUGAUUGAGCCAGGACCGGUUGUCACUUCGUUCAUCAGUAACUUGAAGGGUAUGGUAAGUCAAGUGGACCUCUCAACCGCUGACAAAAAGUCGAUCCAGCUGAUGCAAUCUGUGAUUGCUACGAUGACAGAGCUGACAGCCAACGAGGGACAAAAAUCAGAAGAAAUCGCUGAAACCAUAAAGGAGAUCUUGCUAUCGGCCAAGCCUCACAUCCGAUAUCUGACUAACAAAACUUACGGUGUAGACGAGGCGAAUUCUAAAUUGUCUGAUCUCACCGGUGACAAACUCGUUGAGGUACUGGAAAAAAGGUUCUUUCCAAAGUAAUGCCUUU